CGGGAAACGAAAAUGCAGCUUCCUGUAGCUGUUUGUUCCAUUACUAGACCGCUGCAGUCAUGUAGUUAUUGUUGUUUGUUAUACGGAAUAAGCUGAUGCUGACUCAGCACUCAAUACGGUGGUUUCAUGUCUCAGUGUUGCACAAUAUCAUUGAACAGGAACAAGAUGAAGAAGCUUCCUGAGCAGAUCCUGAAUCACAUCCUGGAGAUUCUCUACCUGCUGACUGGCGAGCGUGUGACUAACUCACUGACAGCGAGUCACAUGACCGAGGACAAGAUGACGACAGAGAGGAUACUGACCCACACCCUGCAGAUCGUGUACCUGCUGACAGCGGAGGUGCCUAUAAAGUGUGAUGAUGUUGCCGUGUAUUUCUCUAUGGAGGAGUGGGAGUAUAUAGAGGGACACAAGGAGCUUUACAAGGACGUCAUGAUGGAGACUCACCAAGCACUAAGGACUAUGGAGAUCCCAGGAAACAAUAACUCGGAACUAACAGGUCAUAGUGAUGAAAAUCUAGACACAGAAGCACAUGGAGAUGUGCAGAAUAUUCAGCCAGUGGGGACCUCAUCAGACGUCUCUGCAGAAUUAACCGGUCACAGUGAUGAAAAUCUAGACCCAGGAGCACAUGGAGAACUUGUACAAAAUAUUCAGCCAGUGGAGACCCCAUCAGAUGUCACUGUAGGAGAUAUUGAGACUGAAGUCACACUCAAUGCUGAACAGAUAAAUAAUCUGUAUGUAGAGAGUCAACUGGAAGCUGUGAAGCAGGAAAUCAGUGACAAUAUCCAUACAGACGAAGAUAACACUGAUAUAGUGAAAGUUGAGAUAACAGAAGGUCUAUGUGUGACACGUCAUUUUGGAACUGCCGAUGAAGAAACAUAUGACAGUAUCAGCUCAGGAGAAGAUAACGUGGAUAUAGUGAAAGUUCAGAUAACAAAAGAUCUGUGUGUGAGACGUCAGCUGGGAGCCCCAGGUGAGGAGACCAGUGACUGUAUCAGCUCAGAUGGAACCACAAGUUUCAGAAAUCCUAGUUAUGGCCAGAGUGCUGAUGCUUCGUCCUGUCAUUUUCCAAAUCAAAAAAGCCACAUGGGGAAUCUAUCUUGUGAAUGUGAGGAAUGUAUUAACAGGAAAUCACAUGUUAUUAGUCACCAGAAUAUUCAUACGGAAGUGAAAGCAUAUUCAUGUUCUGGAUGUGGAAAAGGUUUCAACCAGAAAUGGGAACUUAUUAGACACGAGAAAAUUCAUACAGGAGAGAAAGAAUUUUCAUGUUCUGAAUGUAGGAAAUGUUUCCUUAGAGAAUGGGAUCUUAAGAGACAUCUGAAAAUCCAUACAGGAGAAAGAGCAUUUUCAUGUUAUGAAUGUGGGAAAUAUUUUUCUCGGAAAGCACAUCUUAUUAGACAUCUGAAAACUCAUACUGGAGCCAAGUUUAACCUCUUUCAAACAUUAUUAGAUGUCAAUAACAUAAGGAAUCUGACUUUUAGAAAAUUCUAUAAACAAGACCCGCAGCAGGCUAACUACACUGGGAAGGAUACUAAUAAUGGUUCUGAGCCCCUUGUAGGGGCCCUACACAGUCACCUCACAGACACCAAACAUCUUUUGGAAUUAUUGAAAGAUCAGGGCUGGUCAGAAAAUCAAGCUUGUCUGACUAUAGACGUUAAUGCCCUAUACUCCUCAAUUCCACAUGAGGAAGGACGUCAAGCAAUUGAGUUUUUUUCUGAGAAGGUCACUACUUUAUGA